AUGGACGACAAGGAGAGCGAGAUGCAAAUUGAAUACAAAACUGCAAAUGAGUCUGCAGUCAGUGGAAAUGGGGAGGGGUUGUCCGUUGAGGAAUACACAAGACGCGAGCGUGCCGUGGUAUGGAAGCUGGAUUGCUUCAUCGCACCUGUGAUGAUGAUUUUGAUGCUCAUUUCGUAUCUUGACCGGGGUAACAUUGGCUUUGCUGCUACGCAGGGUCUGUCUACGGACAUCGGGCUAAAAGGAAAUCAAUUGAACAUAUGCAUCUCUAUUUUCUAUAUCUUUUACAUCCUUGCUGAAUUCCCAACAUCUCUUGUGGUCAAACGCCUUCAAUAUAACCGCGUUAUUCCUUGUAUCGCUUUCUGCUGGGGUCUUGUCUGCAUGUGCACGGGUUUUGUCAAAGGAUUUCCCUCUCUCGCCGUUACUCGGCUGCUUCUCGGGUUUUUUGAAGGAUGCUUAUUCCCUGCGAUGACACUAUUCCUUUGCGACUGGUAUAAGCGAGAAGAACUGGCAACGAGGAUAUCGUUUCUCUUUGUGGCUUCUGCCUUGUCUGGUGCUUUCGGUGGUCUCUUGGCCUAUGCAAUUCUCUACAUGGACGGUGUUGCCGGGAUGAGUGGAUGGAGAUGGCUAUACAUAAUUGAAGGUCUUAUCACUCUCGUCUGGGCUGUGAUCUGUGUCUUUGUCGUCCCGAAGAACUACGAAACAGCCUACUUUCUAAACGAAGAGGAUAGGGUUAUAAUGCGACGUCGUGCUGAAGCAUCCGCUGCAUAUAGCGGUGGGCAAGGCCACUACAAAUGGAAAGAUAUCAAGAUGGCAGCCAAGGAUAUCAAAAGUUGGAUUCAUGGGAUCAUCCAGAUCUGCGUCGUCACUAUUCUUUAUGGCUUUGGUACAUUCCUUCCUAUCAUUUUGAAAGAUGGGUUUCACUAUUCGACAAUUCAAGCCCAAUAUCUUGUAGUUCCCGUUAAUCUCUGGGGAGCGCUUGCUUACGGUGUUGGGGCCGUUUUAUCCGACAAAUACAAAGCACGAUUUCUCUCUCUCAUCAUCGCAGCGCCAUUCGGUAUUGCCGGCUAUGCGAUUUUAAUUGCCAAUGGUCAAAAUACAUUCGCGCCUGGAGUGCGCUACUUUGCAACAUAUCUCAUCUCAACGGCAUGUUAUCUUUGCACCGGCGGUGUUGUUGCAGGACAGAUCUAUCAAACUUCUGCAGCACCCGGGUUUGUCUUGGGCCAUUCGUGGUCGCUGGGUUGUUUGGGGUUUGCGUGGUGCGGAUGGUGGGUCAUGCUUGGGAUAUACAAAAAGCGAGAGAGACAGAAAAAUAAAGAGUUAGCAGAGGGUAGCACUCCAGUGAUUGCUGAAGAAGAAUGGAGUGAUAGGGCUCCGGAUUUUAAGUACCAGUUUUAG